AUGGCCCUUGAGGAAGGGCUUGACGAAGCGGAUGACUGUGCAUCUUCUGCACCAAGCGCUCAAUGUGGUCGCGGCUGCAGAGGCAACGGUGGCAACGACACCGAAAGGGCGCUUUGGCUCAUGUUCGGUGUCAACAGCCUUCUCACAGGAAGUCAGCUCUUUUGUGGCGUGCUUGCAAACUCCUUGUCUCUGCUGGGGGAUGCUGCGCUGAUGGCAAUGGACGGUGUGUCCUAUGCUGUGAGCUUAUAUGCCGAGAAGAAGAAGGCAUCGGCACAGGACGCGAAGCGCCUGGACCGAGCAGCCGCCUUCUUCAGCGCGGCCAUGUUAGCGGCCACAACGACAUGGGUACUUUUCGACGUCAUCGAGCGGCUGACCGGCGAGCAGCGCGAAUCGGCCAUUCAGGUCAGCGGCAUGGGAUCUCAGCUGCACGACAUCGAGGUCAACAGCGACAUCAUGGUUGGGUUUACCAGCGUGAACCUUGCAGCCGAUGUUGCGGUCGUGCUCCUCACCUGGAGCUGUGGAGCCUCCCAGCUCCUGGAGGACGGAGAGGCCUCGAACCUGAACCUCUUCGGAGCCCUCGCCCACCUCGGCGCCGACGUGGUGCGUGGCCUGGCGGUGCUCUUGGCCGGGAUCCUGGCCGAGGCCCUGCGGAAGUUGGCUCUCGGGCCAGAGUGA